CAUCAAUUCACUCAUCUGUCAAACUUCAAAAUCAAGCGAAUAGAGAAGAUGGUCUACUGAGUCAAUCGUUCGCGUCCUCCAUGGGGUCGCAGUCCGCGUUAGGGUUGAACGACUCGCGUGGAGAAGACGAGGAGCUGGUUGUGAAGCAUGAUAAAAUUUACACUACCCUGAUUCGGGAUCACAAUGGACUGGGCUUCUCUAUUGCCGGUGGACGCGGUUCUUCUCCGUUUAGGGACGAUUCAAACGCAAUUUUCAUUUCACGGAUAAUACCUGGUGGAGCAGCAGAGAAAGAUGGCAAGCUUCGAGUUGGGGAUCGCGUCCUUUCCAUAAACGGAGUGGACAUGGAUGGAGCGAGGCAUGAUCAAGCAGUGUCGAUGUUGACGGGACUCGAACGAUUCAUCCGCUUGGUCGUGUCCCGGGAAACCAUGGUGCCAAAGUCGCAAACAAAAACGUUUGCCACGGCGACGCCGAAACCAUAUUUUGGUUCAGGGACUAAGUCUCCCGUGCUCAGUCCUGACUCUUAUAUGGCGAACCGUCCGAGUUUCACCGGUGUCCGGAAAUCAACGACUCCGAAUCCUCCUUCGACUGUGGCGUCAACAACGACAGUUGCCAAGCCGUCAUCACCCGUGGCUCCGACGCAGACGACAAUGUCCACUGGAACCGUGGCCACUGUAGCGUCAGUGGCCAACGGUAAACCACCGAUCCUUGGCCCAAAACCCCAGGUUGCUCCACGGACCAAGACCUUGGACCAGGAUAUGAAAUUACCUGUGGCCCAGCAUCCAAAGACGAGCGAAGAGUUCGACGCUUUCAUUCCCCCGCAGUGGCGGAAAGACGCGACGAGUCCUAGUCCCGACGCGGAACCGGACCAGCGAAUUAUCUCGGUGACCAUUCGACAGCCGGACGCUGUGGAAGAGUUGAAGAAACAGUUUCCGGAAGCGGAUGUGAAAAAGUUGGGGAAAGUUACGGAAACUUUGACGAAGGCCACUUUUACGGAAACGACUGUAACUCGUAUCACGGAUAACCGUCUUGGUCCUGCGGCUACUCAGGAAGUGGUCUUGAGCAAGGAAGGCGGUCCCCUGGGUCUCAGUAUCAUUGGUGGAACUGACCAGAGCGCCGUGCCUUACGGAGGCGAAGACUCGGAAGGCGGGGUCUUUAUUUCGAACGUGGUACCCGGUGGAGUGGCUGCUGCAUCCGGUGCGUUGCGAACAGGGGACCGGAUCCAGGAAGUUAAUGGCAAGUCGCUGGAAGGAGCGACGCACGCGGAAGCCGUUCAUGCCUUGGUUUCUGCGGGAGCUGUGGUCAAGUUGCUUGUUAGACAUGACCCCUUGCCCGCGGGAUACCGGAAAGUGGUCAUUGAUCGUCUCCCCGGAGAGAAACUUGGGAUGAAUGUUAAAGGUGGACGCUGCGGACAGCCGGGUAAUCCAUUGGACCCGGGAGACGAAGGCAUUUUUGUAUCAAAGGUGCAUUCCAACGGAGCAGUGGCCAGGAUCGGGCCAGCAAUGUUGGGUGUUGGUGCGCGGUUGAUAGAAGUGAACGACACGGCUUUGUUGGGUGUGACGCACUCCGAAGCUGUUAAUGCGUUGAGGGCCGCCGGAAAUCAUCUGGAGCUCUAUGUUUGUGAUGGUUACGACCCGCACCUCGUGGAAAAGCUGAGGCUCGAAGGGAAACUGACCUUGCAAGAAUCUAAAUCAGCGUCUCAAAGCAUAUCUUCCUUGGAUGAUCCGCUGUCACCGGUAAUACCGUCAUCCGCGUUGCAGCUUCACUCACCGACACGAGCUGUGGCACCUGUUAACGGUGAUGACGAUUCUUUAGCGCCGUUGGGCGGGAGAAUCUCUGUUGAAAAGGUGCUAGAUGUUGUAAGAGCUGCGGAGCAACUGGCAAAUACGGCGGAGGAUGCUGAAACCCGGCCCCUGAGCAGAGGCGCGAUUUCAGGCCGGUCUUCGGCCACGCCGUCGCCCCCGUGUUCGUCGUCUUCGGCAGUAGCCGUGGCGCCUGCUGUUCCUUUGCUUUCCUCUAGUGGACAGCCGAAAACGACGACGAUCGUGAUGACGAAGCACACGCUGGUUCCGCAAACCGGCGCCCAGCAAAUCGUCGCCCCCGUGGAGUUGAGAGUGGAGUCCGUAGUACCGUUGUAUCGAGGCAGGAAACCGAAGGAGGCUUUGACGCCGGUGAUGGAGGAUUCACCGCCGCCACUCCUGCCGCCGAAGCCGACUGUAAUUGAGGACCCGCCUCCACCACCACGUCCACCGAAGCCGCCGCAAAUGCAACCCGAUGCGCACCUGAAACGGGAAAUUAUUCAUACAAUUCAAAUGACUGACGAGGUGGUCGGCGGUGGAGAAGAGAAACGGUUGUCCUUGUCGGACAGGCUGAAAAAGGAGCGGGACGAGUUUUUCAGUCGAGAGAAGUUGCAGCAGCAGCAGCCGUCGAGGAGAAUUUUGGGUCGAGGAGAUGAGUUUUUGUCGUCGUCGUCGUCUGGGGACGAAGUAGGAGAUCCGCUGAGGACGUCGAAAUUGCCGGGAGCAAAGAAGAGUGUGACAACGACGACGACGACCGUGACGAGUGAGGAGCGGAGACACAGGAUGGAGACGGAGGAUGUCGUGCUGAGAAAGUGGUGGAAGCCGGCAGACAAGAAGAUGGGGGAUUCGCCGGCACAAAUGAGCUUUAGUGCGAAGAAGAAGUUUUUCGAGAAAGAAAUCGAGCAGAGCGGUCAGCCGCUUCCCCGUCAAGAAAAGCACUUCAGCUUUCUUAGCGAGGACGAGAUUGAGAAGAUGAAGCAAGAAGAAGGAAAGAAAAUAGCCUCUCUGUCUGACGAGCAGAUCCUCAACUUAUCCCGAAUGGGAGAGGACCACGAAGAAGAGAUGGAAGCCAUUCGAGCUGAGCUUGGGUUGAAUGAUUCGUCCACUUUGGAUGCUGAACCUUCGACCGGAGCGUCGAAGCUGGAAGCCCUUUCAAGCAUCCUAUCGACCGUCCACACCGCGAAAGCAGAAAAAAGACUUCGGGAAAAGUUGAAACAAGAGCACGGGAUCGAUUUGGACAAGGAAGAAAGCCAGUUGAACCCGGCGGAGCAGCGAGCUUUACAGGCUGCUCGUCGGGCAGCGUGGCGAGAAGCUAGGUUGAAGAGUCUGGAGCAAGACGCGCUGCAGGCGCAAGCCGUGAUUGCUCACCUGAAUGACCUGGGCAUCCGUUCAGACGACUUGGAAGAGGACGAAUUGACGACUAAUGAACAGUUGCCGCGAAUCGCUGAGCAUUCGGGGGUCGACCUGGAAAAUAAUGUGACCGAGGAUUCGAAUGCGAACAUUUCCAUGCAAAGUGCAGCCUCAGUGACGGACGACUCCGGCAUGGUGACCACGUCAACGAUGGAUGGAGCAAGGGAAGACAUUGCGGAAGUGGCCUCGCUGGUAGACAAAAAGAAGAAAAAGAAGCAUCGAGGAAGCUCUGGGGUUAUUGUCAUACCAAAAGUUGGGGAAGAGGAAACGAAGGUCACGCUUAAUAACACGAAGAGCUGCAGGGUUGCUGCUUACAGCCCCGACGGAAAAGUUCUCGCAUUUUACGAUGGAACCUGUGUUCUUGUACAUGACGGAGAUACUUUCGAAGAAGUAGCCAAGCUUCCCGUUGCUCGCGCGCAUGCCUUGCAGUUUUCUCCGCAUGGUUCGUUUUUGGCAUCAUGGGAGCAGUAUCGGACUACUCCUAGCAACCCCACGGGAGAGAAGAACUUGGUGUUAUGGAGUCGAGACUCCACGUACGGUCAGUCAGUGGCAUUCUUUCAGAAGAAAUUUCAAUUCUGGUGUCCUCAGUGGACAAGCGACGAAUCGGUUUGCUCCCGGAUGGUGAAUAACGAGAUCCAAUUUUUCGAAAACGGAGACUUCGGAAAAAUUGCCAGAAAGAUCCAUGUUGACAAGGUAUCUGCAUUUGGGCUCUCCAACACCGGCACUCUAGCGACUUUCGUUCCCGGUACGAAAGGCCAGCCGUGCGCCGUUCGGCUGUUCCAGUAUCCUAAUCUAAACGAUGUUCUGGCGAAUAAAAGCUUUUAUAAAGCUGAGAAUGUAGAGUUCAAAUGGAACAUCACGGGACAAAGCGUGAUUGUGGUAGCUCAAACCGAGGUUGACGACACAGGUGCUUCAUAUUACGGCCAGACUUCGUUACACUUCCUUGACGUGAAGGGCGAAACGCAAAUGGUACAACUAGCGAAAAAAGGACCAGUUUACGCCGUUGACUGGAACCCGGCUACAGGAGAAGAGUUCUGCGUUGUUUACGGAUUUAUGCCUGCUUCUGCCACACUUUUUUCGCGGAAAUGCGAGCCAGUAUUUGAGUUUAAGACUGGCAGACGAAACACGGUGUAUUUCAACGCUUUCGGAAACAUGCUAAUCCUCGCCGGGUUCGGAAAUCUAAGAGGCAAUAUCGAAGUUUGGGGCUUGGACGCUGCGGAUAAGGGAAGAACAACACCGAAACUCGCUGCACAGUUCAGUGCGCCGGACUCGACACUUCUUCAGUGGAGUCCGGAUGGUAAAACCAUCCUCACUGCCACAUGCUCCCCUCGGUUGAAGAUUGGAAAUGGAUACAAGUUCAUUGAUUAUCACGGGAAAGUCUUGCACUCCUUCUCCGUCCCGGAUGGCGAAGAAAUUUGGGAUGCCAUGUGGCGUCCUGUGCCUGCAGGAACCUACGCAAAACCGCAGAUUCAGUAUUUGGCAAAUGCAGGGAAUCAACUCGCGACUGGUAACGGCGAAGCUCCUGUUGCGGCGUACAGGCCUCCGAUGGCGAGAGAUAUGCCGAGAAAAGAAUUCAAAUUGCAUCAUUCCGAUGACGAUGAGGGCCCAAGUCCGUCACAUUCGAAGAAGAAUAAUAACAAGAAGAAGAACCGGCCGAAAAAGCCAAACGCAUCUACGGGCAAUGAGAACUUAGCUGUGAUCAAAGACUCACCGCCACCGCCUGGCGAGCCCGUCGACAAGGAGCGCGAGAUUUUCAAGAAAGUCCGGCAACUGGAAAAGAAAUUGAAGGAGAUCCAGAAGAUAAAGGACGAUGCUGCUGCGGGAAAAACUUUAUUGGACAAUCAAAAAGUGAAGCUGGCGAAAGAAGAAGACUUGAUGAAAGAACUGCAAAAGUUGAAGGUGUAA